AUGACCACUGUAGGACCCAUCUCCGCAUCAUCAGAAAAAAUAGAGGCACUCUUAGUGGAACAGAGAGCAUCUGAUGCAAUGGAAUUGCCGAAAGUACUCAUCAGGACGUACUGUCAGAACCGGGUAGCUAUCAAGAAGCCCGCCAGUCAAAGUACGCCACGAUUUGGGACAAGGCCCAUGUCUGCAGAGUUUGAAGAGCAGGAACGUCCGCGUUGGCAGUAA